AUGGAACCAGCAGAAAAGAAGAGAAAGACAUCCACAUAUUCAGAACAAAAAACUCCAAAUUAUGGGAAAAAGGUGUUAGAGGUUCUUGACGACUUCAGAAAAGCCGAAGAUCUGUGUGACUUUUUUCUCAAGGUUGGAGAUAGAGUAGUUCCAGUUCAUCAGAAUGUAAUUGCUGCUACAUCACCCUAUUUAAAAGAUCUGAUAGAUAGGGGCACUGGAGGAACAAGUAUUGUUGAAAUACCUAAUGCCAGUUUUACAGCAGUGGAACGUUGUGUCGAGUAUCUUUAUAGUGGAACUACGAGAGUAACUCUUGAAGACGCUGGUGAUAUUUUGGAUGUGGCGAGUCUAAUGCAGCUUCAAGAUAUGGUUGAACUUUGGUUUAAACAUUUUGCUGAUAUUUUAAAUGUUCGAAACUGUUGGGAAAUCAAGCAUCUUGCUGACAAGCAUAACAAUAAAAAAAUUAAGAAGUCACUUGAUUCUCUUAUCUCAAACAAUAUUGGCGAUGUUUGCCACCAUGUAGAUUUUGUGGCGAUUGGUAUUGAUGAAUUGAUAAGAUACAUAAGCAAGGCCAAUGAUGUUGUUUCUGCAUGGAAAGCAGCUUCUCUCUGGGUCACUAGUGAUCUUAUCACAAGAAGUGACAACCUUCAUUUGAUCAUAAAAAAUUUACAUCUGGAUAGAUUGAAAAUUGAUGAUAUAGAAAUGUUGCUCAAUGACACUUUAAUCAAAUCAUCUAAUCCAUGCAUAGAAGAAGUUGCUAAAAAAGUGUUGAAAAAAAGUAAAAGAAGAGAAGUUCACCAUCAACAACUGGCCUACUUUAAACUUGGCUGCAGAAGUGAUCAAUGA